AAUUUUUCUCCAACAAUCCACUCAUCCGCGUACGUCAUGGCCGCUAUCGUUGACGGCUGCUGUUUUCUGAGUCCGGAAGAUUCCUCAUAUCGUGGAGUUCGGCAUUUCAACCAGUUCAAUGUGUUGUUCGCGUGAAAUGGCAGUUUCGUGUCAAAACAGGCCCCAGUUUGCCCCAAUUUAGACCAAAUUCCGCUCCGGGCGGAUUUGCGCGAAUUUUUAGUGACCACGCAUGCCCAUAGCCAAAGUCUGAGGUCGAGACACAGCGUUGCCGCGCCUCACCAGCUGAAUUUCCUUACGCGAAUGCGUGUCUAGACGAGCGACAAUCGGCGGUCGUCGCACGCCGCCAACCUAGACGAUUUGAACGUCAACGAGUCGCAAUCGCCAGACUCCUGAAAUGCUCAGUUCAAGUCUGGCCCGACACAUGCAGGUGGAACAAGAACGGACAAUACGGAAACUGUCAAGCUGAAAGAAGAUGGCACGUUUACAAGCACGUCGACUCGAGACCUUUGUUAUGUAAGAAUUAAGAAUCAGUCGGAAUUUGUCUGUCGUGAUAGUCGUGUCGUGUCUUUGAUAAAGAGUCGGUUCCUCCGGGAGAAACAGAGGAGGUAAAGUUCGCGUAAGUUCUAGCGGGUGGCGAAUUGUCGAAUCGGUUGUGAAGUGUUUGCGUGUUUGAGUGGCAUAUUCGAACAGGCAGUGUUUAAAAUUCGGUGGCAAUUUUUCCCUGUUUUAUUGGCGCGUAGGCGGAUUCUGCAAUAGUGCGAGUGGCUUCUGUUCAUCGAAAUCAUCCGCCUGCUCUCACCAUGAAUGUGGAAGUGCAACAAUCGAGUGUUCAUGUUCUUUAACAUUGUGGCCUUAGACAGUUUUCGUUCAUUUAUAUUUGGAAUAGCCCGCAUGUGGAUUAAAAACAGCUAAUAUGCGGACCGACGAAGAUGUGCAGUCAUAGCAUUGGUCAAGUUGAAAAAAUCCGAAACUACCAAACCGAAGAUGUAUUCAAGGAAAAUACCACAAUGAUGCCGUUCCAAGCGCAUUAGUGUUGAGAGGAGGCUUAAUACCUGCUUGGGAGGAAAGCGCCUCCGACAUGAUGGAGGUAACACCGCAUCUGAAGAGCGUGCUGAAGAACUACCAAAACAGCGCUACUAAAUCGCUUCAAGGACCCGGUCUUUCUCUCAAUCCCACGCCGAUCAAAAAUGAACCUCCCAGCCCGGAAGGAAACACAGAGGAUGAUUUUCAUCCGGUUUCUCUGCCUUUUCUGGUUCAGCAAGUUCCGAUUUUAGCUGCUCCAGACACGUCAAGUAGUGAACGCUGUGAAACCAUACUUGAAGGAGAGGCAAUUUCCUGUUUUGUGGUCGGAGGGGAAAAAAGGCUGUGUCUACCGCAGGUGCUGAAUUCGGUGCUGCGGGAUUUCAGCCUUCAGGAAAUCAAUCGAGAAUGUGAUGAACUGCAAAUCUAUUGCUCCCGUUGCACGCCUGAACAGUUGAACAUCCUGAAAACUCAUGCCAUUCUACCCAGUGUGGCUGGCAGUUGUGGGCUCAUUACCAAAACCGAUGCCGAACGAUUGUGUAGUGCCCUCUUAUUUUCUGGGACAAAGAAUGUAGCCUUUCGACAUCGGAAAGGGGCCAGUUCGUUUCCAAUUUUCCACGAGUGUUUUGGGAAGGCAAGUGGCCGUUGUUACCCCGAUCUCUACACGAGUAAACACGCCAAGUGCAUCGAGUGUUCAGACUGCCAAUGUGGAUUUUCGCCUCAGCAAUUCGUCUGCCAUGUUCAUAGGAAGCCAGAAAAUCGCACUAUUCAUUGGGGCUUUGACUCGAGUAGCCAUUGGAGAGCGUAUCUUCUGGUACCUGAGCAGGAAAAUCAGGAAGCCCUAAUGAAGAUCUUGGAUGAGUUGCGGGAUAGAUAUGAAGGAAAAGCUCCCUUUCCGCCUCAGUUGGGCAUUGAUUCCACAUUGAAAAGAAAACAGAUUGCAGCUUCAGAUCUUGUCAAGGACCACCAAGCGGCCAACUCAACUAUAUCGGAACUGCCGCCAAAAAAACAGAAACUGGAAGAAUAUUUGGGCUCGAUGGGCAGGGUGCCACCUUUUCCAUUGCCCGUUGCAGCUGCUGCCAUCAUGCAACAACAGCUUUUCGCAUUGGAGCCCGUCUAUAUUCAUCGAUGUUUGCAAGAAUUCAAUGCACGAAGUCAUCGAAGCGCUUUCAAGCCCGUUUCGCAAAGCAUUCGGGAACAGAAGCUGCGAAGUGCGAAUGCUUUGGAGAUGGCAGCCCGAUGUGCCGCAGAUCCGCCCCUGUUACAGAACCCGGAAAAGGUGGUACUUAUGUCCGAAUCUGAACGAUUUGAACGAAGUUACCAGCCGAAUGUAGCGCUGGCGCCUCCUGUGCCUAAAAAGCACAGAUAUGGCAGGGCGCAUCUACAUUCGACCAGUGAAAUUAUCCAGCAGUGUUCUUCAAGUACUUCCACAGGGCAGGACCAGGUUCUUCCAGCGAUUAAAUCUGAACCCAUCGCUCAAUCACCCUUGACGAACGGCCACGCUAUUAAAGAAGAAGUUGAAGAGGUUUGCAAUCCCCAACUAGUAACAGCGGCAACAACAAUAGCAGGAAAAGUCGAUGCGACAGUCUCGGUUCUUCAAGCAAAUAAUUCCGUUCGAGUUCCGCCGAAAUACAAUCCGGAAAUCGAACUCUCGACGGACACUGAAGAUAGUGCUUCGGAAACAUCGGAAAAAAACAACUUGGAUUACAUCAAACUGGAAGAGGUUCUAAAAAGUGUCGAUAGUGAGGAUGUUCGCGAGAAGAUUUUAGAACUUUUUAAAAAUAUGUCCAAGGAACGGGAGCGAGCCAUCUUGGACAGUCGCUGCAAAGAUCAGGAGCGAAUUAUUGAGCUGGAACAGAAAAACGAGCAUCUGGAGCGCGAAAUGUCCACUCUCAGAGAGCAGUUGGACGAUCUCAUAAGUCCUGCCGAUAGCAAUAACACGCCAAUUAGAGGUAAUUUGAUCAAAGACUCCAGUAACGACGUAGUAACUAGUUCUUCCAUAAUCAUCCACUCGCCCUUGGUCCAAGAAAGGGGCGUGUCACCUCUAUCGCCUACAGUUCAGCAUCAGAAAAGUGUGAUUGCCAGUGUUGCCAGUGUAGCUAAUAGUGUUCCGAACAGUGUCACCAGUAAUAGAGAAGUGGACGUUAUCACAAACACGACACCGGAAUGAUCCGUUAUUGUGAUGCACUCGUGCAGGGUCACUUUUGCUUAACUUUCGCUUUUUGUUGAUGGCAAAUUGUUAGUAAUUGGGGUGGAAGUUUGACAAAAAAUGUUUCAUUUGAAACUGGACUAAGAUGGGAAGCAACACCAUAAUUGAAUAAUCAUCUCCUAUUGACUGAAUAUUUAAUAGUGAACAAUUCUCCAAUUACCCAUUUCAACCUUCCACAUUGGGGCCCUUGUUGUAAAUAGUUGUCGAACAAAAAUCCAUAUUUUAGAUCUUUUAUUUUUAGAUCACGAGAGGAACUUUAAAGAGUCAAUUAGAGCGUUUUUAUUUAAGGUACGUAAAAAGACAUUCUGUAUAUUGAUAGGCAUUGUACAAAUACCAGGUUUUACUAUCGUUUAAACGUAGUCCUUGUAAAUAUUGCGUAACACGUUUAGGUGGAAGAAAGUUUUUUCGAAGAUACAGGUGCGGGUUUGUAGACACGUAUUUCAAAGGUUGUGCACUUGAAUUGAUCGACCCUUUCGAUGUUUGCUUACAUCAGUAAAGGAAAUAAUCAUUUAGGACGGUUUUCACAAUAAACAAACUAAUUAUCAAAACUAAGUUUACAGUGAAUACCGAAGUUUAAUUCGGUUAGCGACAAGUAAAACACAAACCAAGUUUUACGUUUUGGUGGAACCCGUUUAAGAGGUUAAACCACGUUUAAGAUCUAAAGAUGCCUGUGAUGAAAUCGACCUCAGUGUCGUACCCGAAGAGCUCGGCACAACACACGCACGACACUGAUGUUGAUGUAAAAAACUCGUUCAAAAUCACUGGAAAACUAUCGUUAACUACAGUGUUCUCUAUUCCAAUUCCAAAGGAUUACAAUGAAGAACACCAGAAACACAGUUUUACACCAGAAAAGUGGCAAUCAAUUCAAGGCAUCCUACAAAUUCGAUUUGUCCGAGUCUGUUUUGAAAAAUUCGCUUUUUGUACAAACGCAUGAGUAAAUCCUGAGAAAGUCGUUUUAGAAUAUAAAAAUGUAGUUGUUAGUUUUUACCAAAUUUGGAAUGACGUUGUUCUUGUUGUUGAAGUUAUUUUCGACUUUGAAAGUUGGUUAACGACUGGGUUUCAAUCUCUGUGAAUGCACAAUGCACUGAAAUAGAUUAUCGUUUUAUUUAUGAUGAUCACAAACCACUGGCGGGAAACAAGGCACACUUUUUUUAGGUUUUCUUCUUAAUGAUAAUUUGAAAACGUCUUGGCCUAAAAACCAUCUUACUCCUUUUUCUCGAUUGUUUAACAAAAAAUGCUUCUAAGAUCAUUCAUUCAUUAUGCAGUUGCAGAGAUAAGGCAAAAGGGAAACUUGUUAGAAUUUUAUCUAUAUUACGAUUUAAAGUACAAAAUAUGGUGCAAACCAUCUCCCAGUAUAUUACCUUUUAUCGAUGCGUGAGUGAGCAAUUUGCGUGAUUGCAAUAAUAACGUGGCAAGGACUUUUAACGGAAACCAUCCUCAGUUCAGUUUAACUAAUUUUAACACUUAAUUAUGCGUUAAAAGUCCCUUCUUCGAGCUUGCCAUUGUAUUUUAAAAUGUUGACCAAUGAUUCGGGGACAAGAAUGCAUUCUCAGGAAUAUUUAAGAAGACAAAUUAUAACAAUCAAUUCGUAUACUUACCGUAUAAAUUAUAGAGUUGCGUACGCGCAUAUCAAAGUAUAUUAGAAAUGCAAUGGCAAAUUGAGUGGAGGUAAGCGAAGAUCCAUACGUGUAGAAUUAAUUAAAGCUAGCCUUAUUCGACAUUCAGUAUUGUGCAACAAACAGUUAAUAAUAUUUAAAAAAUAUGUAUUAUUUUAACCAGGGCUACACCAGUUCUCCGUGCAACUAAUGUUUAUUCAAAGUCGACCUUUUCGGAAAAUGGACUUGUUUACUUUCAACUUUCUCCCCCUCAGUGUGAAUGCUGUUUUUUGGAAUACAUAUUUUCGUACCAACACUAAAUUUUUUAUUUCAAUUAUUCACCGCACUGUAUCAGCAAAAAUAUGUUGAUGAAACUACUCACGAGGAUAAUGGCAUAAUAAAUAAUUUUUCUUUAUGUUCAAUUUCCACACGUAGUUCAUCAGUAUAUUUGUUUAUUGGAUGCCCAAUAUAUAUCAUAUUUAAUUUGUUUAAGAAUGUUGUGAUAUAUAGCUUUCAAGUUUUACCUUCAGGUUUACAGUAUUUAACGUAAUUUAAGUUUUAUGACUUGGCAGCUUCAGUUGCCAUCAUCCCCGAUGCGAAUUGUGAUAGUGUAACCGAUUGAGAAAAAAGUAAAUUCAAAAUUGUUCCUAAUAAUAAUAAAAAUUUGACUGCCAUUUUUUGAAUUUGUAGCAAUAUAGGAAUUUAUCGGUUGCAUUCACACUUCCAUUUCAUGACUUUUUCUCAUUACGGCACGCAAUCCCAGUGUAUUUUAUUAGAAUUUAGAACUAUUUCGGAUGAUCAUUAAUCGUUUUCGAGAAUUGUUAAAUUUGUUAUUAAAUUAUAUAUUUUGUGAUCUCAAAAUAUGUAAGAAUGCUGUUACUUGUAGUUAUAUUCAUUAUAAAUAAGUUUGUGUGUGUUAUAUACAUAGCUAUAUUAUUACAAAUAAUAUACACAAAUUAUUACGUAAAUAUAUAUUUCUGAACUUUAUGUGUCAAACCAAUAAAACGCAUUAAUUUAUA